UCGCCAAAAUUAUUGAUUAAGUUUUCAAAAAAAGAAAAAGUUUUUUCCGUCUAUCUGAUUAUUAUUUUCAAAUAAAUAUUUAUUCUCUAGCUAAAAAAAAUAAACAAUGAAAAUGGAAACUGAUUCACAGCAACAAAUACAACAGGCUCAACAACAGCAACAGCCUCAAACUAAUGGUAUAUCACCAUCAUCGACAUCAUCUCAAUCAUCAUCAUCACCAUCAUCCGCAUCAUCAUCAAAUGGACAACUACAACAACAACAACAACAAUCUCAAUCGCCACAAGGCCAACAACCAAUGAUAAACAAUAAUUCAACACAACAACAACAAUCGACCAAUAACAAUAAUAAUAAUAUGACGACGACGAAUAAUAAUUGUAACAACACCUCGAAUAAUACAUCCACUAAUUCGAGUGAUGUUGUCGUCAAUCAUGAUGGAUCUUAUGAUCAAGAUUUGAAAAUGUUUAUCGGUGGACUUAGUUGGCAAACAGCGCCUGAAGGUCUUCGGGAAUAUUUUAGCAAAUUUGGUGAUAUAACCGAAGUGAUGGUAAUGAAAGAUCCGACAACGCGGAGAUCUCGUGGUUUUGGUUUCGUAACAUUUGCCGAUUCGUCUAGUGUCGACAAAGUACUGAUGAAUGGACCACAUGAAUUGGAUGGCAAAAAGAUCGACCCCAAAAUUGCCUUCCCUAAACGAGCACAUCCAAAAAUGGUAACACGAACGAAAAAAGUAUUUGUUGGUGGUCUAUCAGCGCCAACCACCAUUGACGACGUCAAAAACUAUUUUCAACAAUUUGGCCGGAUUGAAGAUGCCAUGUUAAUGUUCGACAAACAGACCAAUCGUCAUAGAGGAUUCGGUUUUGUCACAUUCGAAAGUGAAGAUGUUGUCGACAAAGUUUGUGAAGUACAUUUUCAUGAAAUCAAUAAUAAAAUGGUUGAAUGUAAAAAAGCACAACCAAAAGAAGUUAUGAUGCCCAAUAAUGUUCCACGUGGUGGCCGAACUACAGAUUUGGUUUGGCCGCUUGGAGCCCUAGCCGAUGAUCCUACAAGAGCAGCUGCAGCUGCUUGCCUUGCUGCUGGUCCCACUGCUAAAGCCAUCUAUCAUCUUUGCAGCGGUGGACCAGAUUUGACACGUGCCAGUGGCGCAGCCGGAAAUGCUGGCAGCGCUGGUACCGGUCUUUCACUUGCAGAUCACGCUUGCUCGCCAAGUUUUCCCGCAGCCUAUGCAGCUGGUUAUGCUGGUCGUGGCGGUUAUCCAAGUUAUCCGGGUUUUGGCUAUCCAUUUACAGGUAGCGUCGACGGUGUGCUUCCGGUAUCCAGCUAUUGUUUACCAUUUUUGCCUAGUCAAAUGUUCGCAUCAGCUGCAGCGGCGGCAGCUGCUGCAGCUUCGAAUGGUACAGCUGCGGCCGCAGCAGCAGCCGCAGCUGCCGUUUCGAACGGUUUGACGACGAUAACCACCAACAAUAAUCAUCAUAGCCAUCCACAAACACAGCCACCAUCACACCAUCAUCAUCAUCAGUUAUCACAGCCAACACAAUCACAACCCGGCGGCCACAACUUUGCAACCGGUCAUCAAGUGAACGAUAUUAUAAUGAGUGGCCAUCAUCAUCUAAUGGCUGGACCACAUAAACUACGUGUUUGAAUAUUUUUGACAUGAUAAAUUGUUAUUCAAAUUUUUUUUUAAUGAUGACAAUGAUAAUUAUUACAUAGAAAAUGUCAAAAACACACACACAAAGAGAGACAAAAAAAUAAUCGAUCGUUGCAUUGAUUAA